AUGAAUACAACAUUAGUAUCACUGGCAUCAGAUACCUGUACGUCUACGUCCUGUCGUAAUGGUGGCUACUGCGAGGACGGAAGAUGUGUAUGUCCGGACGGGUUUUACGGAAUUAGCUGUGAAGAUCAGUGUGAUGGUCCAGAUUCUUGCAACAAUCACGGUGCAUGCCUAGGGCUUCCUAGGAAGUGUGAAUGUGAUAUCGGAUAUCAGCUUACAGGUUACUACGGGAAACAUUGUGAAGAUUCAUGUCACCCCUCAGUGAAUGGUUCCUGUGGAUUUGCGGGCACCUGUUCUGGGACACCGCAUAGGUGCAUCUGUAAACCAGGGUUCCAUGGACCCUGGUGUGUAGCAUGCACACUAGACAGUCACUGUAAACAUGGCGGAAAAUGUAAUGAUGACGGAACAUGUCAUUGUAAGAAAGUGAUACCAGAAAUCAGAGGCCUGCACUGUGAAGAGGUGUGUAUAAAAGAUUCUGAUUGUAUGAACGCUGGGAAAUGUUUACCUAAUAAAACAUGUAAAUGUACGAAAUUUGAGGACGGAUUCCGAUGCAUCUCCUCGGCUGCUGAUAAACCCAUUUUUUCAACUUUUGCAAUGACUCUGUCUCUCAUCGCCAUUAAAGAUUUUGUAUAA